AUAUAGGUAUGCAGGGGGCAAAGAUGGAUGGAUCUGUAAUAUAAAUUAAUUAAUAUUCAACUAAAAUUAUUUCGCUAAUACUAAACAUUAUUGGUUGAUUGAGGAAUUAGAGAUGUUGCUUAGUGGAAUUUAAUAGAAAGGGGGGUUUAAUAAGGUCAGUUAGAGUUUUUAGAGUCUAAUUUUGAUGUGUCGAACUCCAUUUAUUUUCCAUUUGAGUUUUGUUGGCCCAAUAGAUGAUGAUUAAGUUGAUUUUGCCUUAGGUUCAAAUCAGGUGUGAAUCGUAUCAAAUCAAGUACUCUAUAGUUGAACCAAACUGAAUCAGUUUGGUUCACAUUGGAAAGGAUUUUUGGGUUCUUUUGUUUCUUUUGCCAUGAUUUCCACUCUCGUGUGCCUCAUCCUUUGUUUGCUAUAAGCUUUGUGUCUGACUCUCUACAUGCCAUUUGACAAUGGGUCACCGCCCAGCCUCCUUAAACACAGGUAUGGAACGGAAGAGUCUGAAUAAUGGAAGUCAUUAGUGUGAAAAAUAUGAUCAUGUGAAUCCAAACCAUGUUAUGUUAUUGUAAUUUGUUAAGAUCAUGAUUAUGCAUGCAUAACUAGUUCGUGAUCAAAUAUGCUAAUUGGGUGAAAUUAAUAAUUGACAUGAUAACCAUAGAGAUUGAUUGUACAUGUUCUUUAUGCUAGCUGACACAUAUCGUGUGAUUGAUAAUAGCAUUAUUUACAUGAAGUCAUGAGUAUAUUCAUGUAGACCUUGUGUACUGUUGAUACAUGCUAGAAUAUCCAAAGUACAUAAAACUUGUAGCUUUGUAUGAACAAGUUUAACUCAUAAUUGUGUAUAAGACAUGCAUGCAGAUAUUCAUCGCACUGAUAAGACAAUACAAGGCCUUUGGCCAGGUAGCCAUGUUAGUGAUCAUUAUUUCAUGUUAAGGGUUGUUGGGUCCCAUGUUUGGUUAGUUAAGGUGAGUUGUUUGGCAGUGAUGACUGCUUGUGAUGUCAUUGGUAGUCUAUUUCAGAUACACCAGGGAAACACAAAAUGACUACUCAUGUUGUUUAUUUUCAAACUACCAUGAGCAACUUUAGAGAUAUCCUUCCAAUCACCUUGAAUGUCUGGGAGAUAUAGAAACACAUUGAUAGAUUACUUACCAUUAUCUUCACUUUGUUAGUCUCGGUGAGGUCACAAAUGUAUACGUGUGGAUGUUGCAUGUCUCAAUUAUUGAUCGACUCUAUUUUGACCAUCAAGUAGAUUGAGUCGCUUUGGUGGUUGACUCACCUUCAAUGGAUUAUAGAGUGGUUGUGGGAGUCGACAGCAAGGUAGAGGUGGUUGUUUUAGAGGACAGAACAGAGCUAAGUGUACUAUUGAAGGUUUGGGCAUAUUAAGGAUACACGCUAUUUACUGCAUGGUUUCUCAUCUGGUCACUUGUUUCACAUUGCCAAUGCCGGUCAACUUAGUACUCAACCAGCUCACACAAGUUCACAGGCAAACUCAUUGUAAAGAGGAUUCUCAACUCCUCCAGAUGGUUUUUGUAGAUCGCCUCAAAGUUUGUUUGGCUGCGAAAGGUACAUGCAAAUUUAUGCCGUUGUUUACCAGAUACUUUUUCUCUAGUGGUUAAGGUCACUUCAGUUUGUAUGUCUCUAUCCCUAGUUACUACUUUCCGCUAUUCACUUCGUUAAUCUAACAUCAAAAUGUCUUUCUUCAUGGUGUUCUUGUUUCUUACAAAGUUUAUAUGGAGCAACUCUUUGUUGCUUAGGGGUGUGUGUGUGUGUGUAAACUAAACAAAUCAUUGCAUGGAUUGAAGAAAUUUCUAAGACUGGUUUGAAAAGUUUAGUUCAACUCUCCUUUAAAAUGGGCAUGAAAAGGAGUAUCUCAAACUAGUCUUUUAUCUUGUCUCUUAGUUGGAGAAGUGUAUUCUUUCUUACUGUGUAUAUGGAUGGCAGUAUCAUGACCAACGUUGACACUUGUGAAAUUACAUGACUGAAAUAUUAGCUUCAUUAAUAAUUUUUUACUAAACAUUUGGGUGACCUUAAGUACUUUCUGGGGAAUUACUCUUUCAGAGAGAGGUAUCUUAUUCACGACGCAAGUAUGGACUAGAUAUACUUGAAAAGACUCACAUGUUGAGGGCUAAACUAAUAGAUACCCUGAUAGAUUCUAAUAUGAGAUUAAUACGAGGACAGGGGUGUCAUUGACUAAUUUAAGGAAAUAGACAGGAUUAGUAGGAAAAUUGAACUACCUCGUAGUUACCAGACAUGUCAUUUUAUUUAUUGUUAGAGUGAUCAGUUAGUUUCUGGAGAAUCCACGUUGUGAUCAUUGGGAAUCAGCUAUAAAACUUCUACAGUACAUAAGAGUGCUCUAGGUAAAAGGUUUUGUAUUCCAUGACUGAGGUCAUCUCUAGAUUGUGAGGUACUCAAAUGCAGACUAGAAAGACCAUGCAGGAUCUCCCGCAAAUAACAUGUUCUACUUUCCAUGAUUGUUCUCUCUUUGUGGGCAAUCUUAUAUUCCAAAAGACAAAGAGGUAAAUAGUUGUAGAAAGAUCGAGUUAGAGGCAGAAUAUAGACUUGUGGCCCUAGGUAACAUGCAAACUAAUUUGGGUAAUAGUCAAGAUGUAAUGCAUUUCGUUUUGAGUCUCGUAUUCCAUAAGAGGAUAAAGUAUAGAAAAAUUGAUUCACUUCAUUAGAGAGAAAGUGCAAUCUAAUAAGAUCGUCGCUUCUUAAUUCUAAUGAUAAGUUAGCAAAUCUGUCAACUAAAUUAUUGAGAGGGCUUAUGGUUUAAUACAUUUAUAACAAGUUGGGAAAUUACAAUAUAUGUGAACCAUCUUGAGAGGAAUGUUGGGAUUCAUGUAUAAAUAUAACUCAUGAGGGUGUGUUUGUAAUAGUAUACUCUAUUAAUGAAAUGUAUAUAUCAUUUAGAAUAAUUCCUUCACAUAUUGGGACUCAUGUAAAAAUGUAACGCCUCAAUGGUAUGUUUGUAAUACCAUAGUUUAUCAAUAAUAUCUAUACAAGGUAGCGGGGACUGCCUAAGUGUAUUGAGAAUAAUCCUUGUACAUUUCUUGGGCAUGUUGGAUUUCACCUAACAUGUUUUUUGUUAUCAUGUGAUUAAAGGUUUUCUGGGUGUUAUCACAUCCUUCUUAUAUGGUUGUCAAUGUUGGCUUUACAUUGUAGUGACAAAUUGCACUGAUAGUAGGCACUACAGACGUUUGUGACUUGAGUAUGUUUUAGAUUACUAUGCUUGAUCUGCAUCUAGUUAGGCAAUUACAGAGAGCCUCAUGGUAAUUUAAAUUAACCGAGGUUUGCAAAUUUUGAGAUUUUGUAGUGUCAUUAUCUCUCAUAUUUGUUACAUCUAUUCAUUUUUGUUGCUAAUAAAAUGGUUUUAGAGAAACAAAAGGGCAAUUUUAUUUUUUGCUGUGUCACUUUUUAUUAAUUCUGUCUAUUGAUUGUUGCAGCUGACACAUCCUUUCUGUUUGAUACCGUAUGGAGUGCGAUGAAAAUGGUAGGAGUGAUCUAUCGCAAAAUGAACUGCUGCAAUGGAAUCAGUGGCAGCUGGUGGAUUCAGUUCUUCCGACAGGUGGCUUUGCUCAUUCUUAUGGUCUUGAAGCUGCUGUCCAAACACAUUUUGUGGCAAGUUCUGUAGAUCUAAAUUCAUAUAUCAUACAAGUCUUGGAGAAUGUUGGUAGCCUACUUCUUCCCUUUGUAUAUUGCGCGCAUAAAUCCCCAGACACCAUCACCUGGUCCAAGCUAGAUAGAUUGCUCGAAGCGACACUAACAAAUGAAGUCAGUAGAAAAGCUUCAGCAUCUCAAGGAUCUGCCCUCAUAAGAGUCGCAGCAUCUGUAUUUCAGGAGGUUCCAUCCCUCAAAAGAAUGAGGGACAAUUUUUUGGGGUCACGAACUGUUUCUUUCCACCACGCGCCUAUCUUCGGUCUCAUAUGUGGACUUCUCGGUUUCGACAGCAGUGUCUCUCAGCGGAUGUACAUGUUCAUGACAAUGAGAGAUGUUAUAUCUGCAGCAACCCGGUUGAAUUUGAUAGGACCUCUUGGUGCAUCGUCGUUGCAGCACCAACUUGCCCCUAUCGCCGAAGAAUUGAUAAAGAAAUGGAGGGACCGUCCAGUCGAGGAAGCAUGCCAGCUGCCAUUUGCGUGGUGGCGGUCGCGGCGCAAGCAGAUGCCAUAUGAGACGACGCAUGCAACGACACAGCUCCUUGCUGUCCACGCCACACAGAGACAUGCAUGCACCGUCGCCGCCAACUCUCUCGUGGUAUGGCUUGCUCGCCGUCGUCGUCAUCGUGUCGUUGCUGGCCGGCUCCGGCGCCGAUGCGCAGCUGUGGCCGGAGUUCUACGCGACGAGCUGCCCCAAGCUGCAGGGCGUCGUGCGGUCUGUGAUGGCGCAGGCGGUGAGGCGGGAUCCUCGCAUGGGCGCCUCCAUCCUCCGCCUCUUCUUUCACGACUGCUUUGUCAACGGAUGUGAUGCUUCCGUCCUCCUCGACGACACUCCGACGAUGGCCGGCGAAAAAAACUCCGGAGGCAACGCCAACUCCCUCCUGGGCUACGAAGUCAUCGACGCGAUCAAGGCCCGCGUCGAGGCCACCUGCCGCUCCACCGUCUCCUGCGCCGACAUCCUCGCGCUCGCCGCCCGCGACGCCGUCAAUCUGCUGGGAGGGCCGGCGUGGACGGUGCCGCUCGGGCGGCGGGACGCGAGGUGGGCGAGCAUGGCCGCGGCCAACGCGAACCUGCCCCCCGCCUCCGCCGGCAUCGACGACCUCGUCGCGCGGUUCGCCGCCAAGGGCCUCAGCCUGCGCGACCUCACGGCGCUCUCCGGCGCCCACACAGUCGGCGCGGCUAAGUGCAGCAAGUUCCGGCGCCACGUCUACAACGACAGCAACGUGGACCCCGCGUUCGCCAUGUUCCGCCGGAGGAUCUGCCCUGCAGCCGGCGGAGACGCCCGGCUGGCGCCUCUGGACUCGACGAGCCCGAACCGGUUCGACGUGAGCUACUAUCGGGAUCUGAUGGCGCGGCGGGGGCUGCUGCACUCUGACCAGGAGCUGUUCAAUAACGGGCCGGCGGACGAGCUGGUGAGGCUUUACGGCGCCAACGGAAAUGCCUUCGACCGGGACUUUGCGGCGGCGAUGGUGAAGAUGGGCGGAAUCAGCCCCUUGACUGGCGGCGCAGGGGAGAUCAGAAUAAACUGCAGGAAAUCCAACUGAUGGAUUGGUUGAUUAAUUAAUGUUUCUAUAUAUUAAAAUCAUUAAUAGUAUGAUAUUCCAUGAUUAAAUAUUGACAAUAAUCAAGUGGCCCUCUAGAGUUGGUCUA